ACUGUUCUGAGCUGAGAGAAGCUACCAGUACCACACCCGUGAAAGAGAAAGGCAAUUUGGGGGACUUUAAUUUGAAGCUUAAGAGGUUGGGGUAGUUCUUCUUUCCCUUUUGAAUGUCUGAAGUGAUGGUUUUGUGUAUUACCCGAGAAGAGGGAUUCAAUGCUGGAAACAUUACAUGGAAUUGACAGACGGAUCAUCAUCGGCACUGUAUGUGCACUGUGAAGAUUGGCACAGGCUCUCCUCUGCAGUGACUUUGCCCUGAACUUUGGCGUGAGAGAUUUGGAGAACACCCGACCCUUCGCAUUAUCAUCGAGUGCAGCUGCAUGCAGCUACCGUACAUCAUAUGUACAUGUUGCUUAGCUACAUGUACAUUAUGUUACUGUGACUGAUCAGCUGAUACUGAAUGAGUUUACUAGGUCGAGAAGCUAGAAGCUAGUAGAACCCUUCAAAUUGCUCUUCGUUCCUUCUCUUCAGCUCGCUGAAUCACCAAUUAAGCAACAUGGAUAGAGCGGAAAAAGAUGAGAAAGAGAGACCAGAAAAAUCCCUGCAGGGUAUGCCAUACAUGUGGAAGGGUUUCCUAAGCAACACCACACCAUUCACCCAUGAUAUCUUAAAGACAAAGAACAUUAUCAAGAUCUCACUCGGGAGCAAGCAUUGUGCAUUUUUAACAAACCAGAGAUCGGUGUAUACAUACGGUAAUGGGGAAUAUGGUCAGCUUGGUCAUAAGAAAUUCACAGACGUUACAAAACAGCCUGUCCUUGUGCAGGAACUGAAGAGCGAGAAUGUUGCAGAUGUCGUCUGCGGAAACAACCACACAGGAGUGGUGUGCGAAGAUGGGAUCGUCUUUUGCUGGGGGGAUUCCACCAACGGACAAUGUGGGAUUGGUGUCUCAGAGAAGGUCAAUAUUCCAACGCAAGUUCAUAUAAGUGAUGCGGACUGUGACCCGGUGAUCACGCAGCUUUCUUGCGGGGACUCCCACACCCUUGCAAUGUCCACGCAAGGCGAGGUCUGGGCCUGGGGUACUGGUCCACAGCUAGGACUCUCAACCGGUUCCACCCCAGUGUUAUCCCCAAAGAAGGUCAGUGCCCUCAUGGGCCGGAAAGUACUCCAAAUGGCCUGCGGAGGCACCAUGAGUCUUGUGCUCGUCCAAAGACUGAAAUCGAUGCGGUCGCCUGGCAACAAGUCCAACGAGCCUGAGGAGGAAGGGUCUGGAUCUAGCCUAACCUGCCAGGACACUGUCUACACAAUGCAUGAUGAAGGUGACACUGUUAUCAUAUCAGACAACUCCUUGUUGUGUCCUGAUUCCGGGGGCACCACAUCUAGGAGUAGGAGUAUAUCACCUGAUAGCAUUGAUGUGGCAGCCAUACAUGCGCAGCAGGCAGAGUGGGCGGCUGCAACAGAGGCAGUGGAUAAGAAACGAAGAGAGAGAGGAUCAACCUCUUCACAAGGUAGUAGUGAAGGUACCUAUACUUUGGAAGACUCGAGCGGUAAUUUGAAGAGAAUCAAAGAAGAAGCAAGUGAGCAGAGUGGUAGCCAACCCAACGGUGUCGCCAAGAAUGGCAUUGAUGGAGGAUGCGCAGAGGAAGAUGAAGAUGAUGUCUUUACAACUUCUAAGGGCACGAAAGAACUUCUGGCAGAGCAGUUGAAGCCUCUCAAUAUACAAGGGAGUCCAGCGCAAGGUGUCGCCCCUCAGCAGCGACCCGGUCCCAGUACCCGUAUCCUGGCCUCGCUGCCGCAGUCUGUGGCCCUCCGACUGGAGAAGAUCAUGAUGCCCCGGACCAGCCUGACGGAGACUAUCUCUCGGGCUAGCAGUGAUAACUCCAUCUGCGAGACAGAGCUGAUCAUCAGGGAUAAGGAUGCUCAGGCCCUGGAGUCUAGCUGUAACCUGCCUGAUCGGAAGCUACGGACGAUGUCCCCUCUGAUGGGUGGGUUGGAUGAUCUGGUCUAUCAGACAGAGGUCUGGAGCUUUGGGAAAGGCACCAUGGGACAGCUGGGUCAGGGAGAUACACUUGACAAGCAUACACCUAAUACAAUCAAGCAACUCAGCAGUAAGAGCAUUGUGCGCAUUGUGGCUGGAGCAUCUCAUUGUGUGGCUAUCUCAAGCAAUGGUCAAGUCUAUACCUGGGGAUGUAACUCAGAUGGUCAGCUAGGACACACCGGUCAACUGGUCCCAAAGAGAGUAAAGAUGCCUAACAACACCCCAGUAUGGGAUGCAGCAGUAGGGGGUACACACACCCUCCUCUUAGCAGAUGGGACCAACUGCAUGCCAGAUGUCUACUACCUGGGCAAACAACCAAGCCUUCAAGAAUUGAGGGCCUCCAACAGUACUCCAACUCCAGAGAGCCCUCUACGGGAUGGAAGUGAUAAGUCCAAGAAACGGCCUAUGUCAUCCUCUAUCUCUAAGUCACCCACCGUCAAGUACGCAGCCAGAGCUAAGCAACCUGAGAAACUUGCCUUUCUCAAGAAGAAUGGUUGGUUGCAGGCUGUUGCUGCUUCAUCAGACCAGUGUGCCUGUAUUGCUGAUAAAAGCAGUAAUGGUUUUGUAGCAAUCACCCAUGAAUUCUCAGCCACAGAGAGGCUCCUUUACAGUCAACUAGCUUCCAUCAAAUCCUCUAUCAUCAAGACUUUGCAAAGCUCAGAAGUACAGAAGUCUGUGGAAGGCACCAUCUACAGCGGGCCUCUGAGACUCAUCCUGGAUCUCUAUGGGUCAAUCUGUGGCCUUGUAGCACAGAACUGCCUGCACCUGACGGGUCUAGUUCAGCGCAACAAGGACUUGUGGGACGUGAUGAUGCUGAAGGAGAUCGGUCGCUACAUCCAGCUCUUCCAGGAAUAUGCCAACGCUGUCUGUGAUUUCAUUACUAUCACAGGAUUCACCCACCUAGGAAAAGUCGCCAAUGAUGCCUUGGCUAAGCAUGAUGCUGUGUUUGCAGAAGUAUUGAAUGAAGAGAAACCAACAGUGUAUGGAGCACCUCUUAGGAUGGCUAUGAAGUUACCGUUGGAUAGAAUCAAGACCUACUCAUAUCUACUCACCAAACUCAGAGACUACUAUCCAGAGGACUCUGGUGAGUAUAGUCUGCUUGGUGAGUGCAGUGCAUCAUGGGAAGAACUGAAGAAGACGGUGGAGAAGAAGCAAUCUGAUGCCGAUGACACAAGGACCUUCUGGGAGUCUUGCCCUGCCAAGUUAGCUGAAUCUAUCAAAUCUCCAGACAGACGACUGAUCCGGGAUAGUCGUACCAAACCCCUGCAGGUUGCCAAUGCCAAACGACUCUCAACUCAUUGGUUUCUGCUCUUCAAUGAUAUCUUGGUUCAUGCCUAUGAUGAUGCAAAAGUAGCUCUGCCUACUAUGCAAAGAGCUCCUGAGCCACAAAAGUUUUCUAAUCAUCAAAUCUUCAGCUUGGCAUUAGUAUGGGCUGAACCUAUUCCUGACACAGACCAAGUCACAAAUGCAAUACAGCUGAAUAUGCCUGAAGAGUCAUUAGUAUUACAGGCCCCCUCUCCUGUUGAGAAAGCAGAAUGGUUAUGGUCCAUCAAUCAGGCCAUUGACUCUAUCCUAACGACCAAUCAGAAGAGCCUGAGCAUGGCCAAUCAGAAGAGUCCUAGUCCUGAUAACACACAGAGGGAUGGAGGAGCUUUCCAGAAAGUACCACCGAAACGAACUAGACAAGGACGACAUGCAUUCAGCUCAGCAGGGGUGCACAAAGAUGCAGUCUAUGAAGGGACUUGGCUGAAUGGAAAAUGCAAUGGAAAGGGAACAUUAAGAUGGCCAGAUGGAAAGAAAUACACAGGAAACUUUGUUCAGGGCGUGCAGCAUGGACAUGGAGUAUUUACAGUGCCUGGACCUGACCCUAGCAAACAAGAAGUCUUUGAAGGACAAUGGCUUGAGGGAAAGAUGCAUGGAGUGGGGAUUCUCAGAUAUCAAAAUGGAGACGUCUAUGAAGGUGAAUUCCAAGACGGCGUCAAGCAUGGUCAUGGGACCCUCCAAAUUGGGAACGCGGCCGUCCACGACAUCUACAUCGGCAACUGGCGCCAUGGGAAGAGACACGGCUACGGAGUGAUCGACGACAACUCACGAGGAGAGAAAUACAUGGGCCUGUGGCAGGAUGAUCAUCGUCAUGGCAACGGACUAGUGAUUACGCUGAGUGGAUUGUACUAUGAAGCUGUCUUUGCUCAUAACAAAGUCAAUAGCGCUGGUGUCCUAGUCACUGAAGAUGGAACAUGCUAUGAAGGGGAGUUAGCUACAGGACCCACGCUCAAUGGAAAGGGUACCUUAACUCUGCCCAAUGGAGAUGUAUUGGAGGGCACCUUCAACGGUAUCUGGGGAGAUGGAGUCAAGAUAAACGGUACCUUCAGCAAGGGCAUGAUGGAUCAACAGGUUAAAAGACCAUGUGCUAUAGGGAGGCACACCGUGUACCCAGACCAGAAGUGGGAAGACAUCUUUGGACAGUGCAGAACACUCCUAGGGUUUGUAGACUUCACUCCUCCUGACUCUCACAAGGCUUGGGAGGCGGUCGCUGUGGCACUCUCCAGUGGACAUAGGCUACAGGAUACCAAGGAGGGCUUGGAGAGGAGGAUAUCACUUGAGUCAAACUCUGUCUUUUAUUUCUCUUUCUUUAGCUUGGAGAGGAGGAUAUCACUUGAAGGUCUAGAGAGGAUACCUACCCACAACCGAGGCAAGAUUACACAAGAAGAUUACACCUCCAUACAGGAGUACUUAGACAAGGCAUUCGACCAUCCUCUGCACCCACUGGGGAGAUUGGUUGAUAACCUUGUCAAUGUCUACCGAGCCACCUACAUCGGUGUAGGAGCUCAUCACUGGUUACUCCUGUAUGCUGUCACUGAGAUUCAUUCUUACGUCAAGAGACUCUACAAUCUCUUAAGAGUGCUGUUUCCUGACUUACCAAGCGAAGAGCCAAGAGUGAAGACCCCCGUGAUGGAGCAAACCCCUUCCUUUCAUUACUACUAUGACUACGGUGAAGCGCACUCUAUGCAACCACAGAAUGCACCUUAUAGUAGCUCCACGGAGAAGGACAAGGAUGACAUAUCACAUCAGAUAACAAGUGAGGGCCUCCUUCACCCGACCCUCCUACCCCGCCUCUAUCCUGUUAUCUUCACUCUGUAUGCUCUCCGUAAUGAGAAGGAAGAUGAGCAUUACAGGGACAGACUGGCUAGGCUCAACAAACAGUCUGAUCUAGGUCUUAUGGCUUACUUGGGAGUAGACCAGAAAUUCUGGAAAGUUGAUGAGACCACACUAGCUAAUCCUGGAAAGCUCAAAGAGACGAAGGAUGCAUCUUUCCUGGAGGCCAUUGACAGCCUGCAGAACAUCAGUACAACCUUCUGUCCCAUUGACAAGCUACACGUCAUAGAGGCAUCCUUUGAAGGGAUCAACAACGUGGUCAACUCUCAGCAUAAUGAGGGUCAUGUAUGGUCAAUGGAUGACCUCUUCCCUGUCUUCCAGUAUGUGGUGGUCAGAGCAAGGAUUCCUCAUCUAGGUUCUGAGAUCCAGUUUACUGAUGAUAUGAUGGACCCUAACCUAACCCAUGGCAAGCUAGGCAUCAUGUUCACUACUCUCAAGGCAUGCUACAUGCAUACCAAGAAUGACAACCUCAAGACGUUGUAGAUCAGUCACCAACUUCUGUCAAGAUCAUUCAUGGAUGGGUAAUAUUCCAUGUCCAUGUCAUGUUCUUAAUAAGCCAUCAAAGCGAUGGAGAGUCAGAUGGUUGCUGCAUUUAGGAGAAUGUGAGGAAAAGGAAGAAAUAAAGGAAGAGAAGAGGAAGAGAUAAUUGUUGAGUAAUCAACAGGAAAAAUUAAGAGAGGGGAAUGGAAAGAGAGAGAGAGAGAGAGAUUGAGAGAGAGAGAGAGAUUGAGAAAGAGAGAGAGAGAGAGAGGAGAGGAAGAGAGAGAUUGAGAGGGAGAUAGAUUGAGAGAGAGAGAGAAAGAGAGAGAGAGAGAGAGAGAGAGAGAGAGAUGUGAUUUUAAAGGGAAUGUUAAGAUGAGGUAGAUUUGAAGAGAGUGUAAAAUAACCAAACAAAAAUAAAGAGAUAGAUAAAAGGGUUAAUGUGUUAAUGUGGAUAAACGUACUUUGGUUUUUUUGUAUUAACAUGCUUCUAGGAAUAUGAAAUAUAAGGUAAAAAGAUUUAAACAAUUGUAUGUAGACCUAAAGCUAUCAACUACAUUAAGAUAUAUUAUUUCUGACUGAUCACUUGUAGAUUUCACAACAGUUCUAUAUAGUACAUUUUCAUGUAGUGCUGCAUUUUGUCUUUAUGUUACACUUGUUUGUUUGCUCAUGUCACUGGAAUUAAGUAUUUUCUUUUUUUGCUCAGGUUUUCUUUGUUGUUGCUAUGUUUUGCCAUUGGUAGAAAGACAACAACAAUGGAUGUAUUACUCAGUUUAAUGAUCAAGUACAUUUGUGCAAUGAGUGUAGAAUUAGCUGCCAGUGUAUAUUUAUCUAUAAAUCAUUUAGGGCACAUUGUUGUAAUCAUCAGAGAAAUCCAAUUAUAGGGUUUUUACAUUUAAAAAAAAAAAUCAGAUUACAGAACUAAUCAAAGAUAAGGAUUGUAUUUACGGAAGGGUAUGCACUGACUUUUAGCUUGAUGGUUAGAGCUCACAUCCUGUUUAUGUUCUGAUCGAAAAAUGUUAUAUACUAUGUGAACAUCUACUAAAUUCAAUACAAAGUUGAUCUUCUUGAUUGAUAUCAGUGUAAUUAUGUGCCUUUGUAAUUGUAGCAUGACAAUAAAAAGAUUAAGCUAGUGUCUAAUAAUUGAAAUAGCUAUUUGAGAUGUCUACUCAUCGUGGCAAUAGCUACAGAGCAUAUAUGUUUUGAUCCUGGUUUUUGUUUGAGUAGGGUCAUCAUGGUGAGACUGUUGCAUGAAAGAAUGAAUGCAGUAUUAUCUUCACUUCUGCAUUAUCAAAGAUACAUAUACCGGUACACAAUACACAUAACACACUACCUGUACUUCUGCAUAAGAGGGAGUUCCAAACACUUUGUUAUCCUGUGCUAUUCUUUGGCAUUUGUACAUUUGUAAUUCUCCAUGUAUGUGAAUAUUUUCUGAAAUUGCGUCAUUGCAUUUGUAAAUGUCUCACUACAUCCUACCUUUGUAUAUAAUUUCAUCACAUGUUUGUGUACAUUUCUAUAUCCAUGCUUGUGUAUAUUGUGUAUAUAGCUAUUUAUCAUUUCAUCAAAUGGGAAAACUCCACAAUUGUAUGUAUGUAUGUAUCAUGAGUGUGUAUAAUGUGAAAUAUGAAUAUUUAGUACUGUAUGUGGCAUGUAAUGAAGGCAAAUUGUCAUGUGUUCAUCCAAUAUCUUUCAUUGACUACUUAUGAACAUGUCCAGGUAGCAUGGCCUAUCUACAUAAUACUCAAAGUAAAUAAAUGAGAAUAUGUCUGAUGUAAUUCUGAAAUUGAUUCCUAGUACAAAUCAAAUUUAAAUGUAACUUGAUGUUGUAUGAUACUAACUGUUCUUGGUGUAGCAUAUUCAUAAUAAGAGAUGGGUACAUGUAACACAGGUUCUCAAAUAAACUCUAAAAGUAAAACAGUUUGGGACAAGAUAGUGAAUUGUAUUGAAAUGUGUUUUCAUGGGUUCAUCUAGUAUGUCUAAGACCAAAAUAGUUUUUGAAAGUUAUUGUUAAGGAGAUACAAGUCAUGUAUCUGUUCGGCUGAACAAAUCUGUUUUCCCCCUGAAAUACAAUAUACCAAUUAAUGUAUACCUUAUGAUUUGUAUAUGGGACUUUAAAAAGAGGAAGGGAUCGGUGCGAGUUGAAGAAAAUUUGAUUAAGGCUAAGAGACCUAUGAUUUUAUUGAUUUUGUUUUUGUGUUUUUCUAAUUUUUCUUCUACUUGUAUUAUACCCAAAUUGCUGCCAGGGUGGACUAACCCUUUAUAAUGAAAGUAUGAAUUGGGUCAAGUAUACUUAAACUAAUGUCCUUUGUGUGUUUGCAUAUAACCUAGUGAGCAAGUUUGUUGAAAUAUGCAUGGUUAAAGACCACUCUCAAACUUCAUUGUACCUUUACUGAAAACGUGAAAUGUUUUGUUUGUAGGCAAAAGAACCCUUGUUAUUGGACAAGUUGUAUGAGACUUGUUCUUGCGUCAAUUGUUUCAUUGUCAGUUGUGUACACUCACCAAGUUCCUACCUUUAACCUCGACCAACCCUAACCCAACCCUAACCCUAACAUUAAACAUAACCUAUAGUGAAACUUUAGCUCAACCCUGACUCUAACCCUACAUAUUUUAUGACAUAAAUCCUAGAGCAAUUGUCGUUGGAGUAAUUUUCACUGAAGCAAAUGUUGGAUCACCAUUCCAUCAUCAAAAGAAUGUUGACAGUGAACCAAAUCUAGAGCAAGGCAAAAUUGUUCAAACCAGAUAUUAAAGAUAUAAAUGAUAUUUGGAAGUAUGAAUAAGUGUUUUCAAAAUAUUGAGAGUUUGCAAAAAGAACAUGGUGAGCUCUGUGAUUGAUCAAGAUUCAUAAUGCAAUUGGCUUUCAAAUCUGUACCUUUAAUGUACUGUGCAAUUAUUUUUGUCUGUUGUUCAAACACUGACGUGCUGAUAUUAUAUAGAUGCAAUGAAAUUAUAUGUACGGUAGUUGAGAGUAAAAGCAAAUUCAAAAACAUAUAUUUGCAUUAAAAAAUACAACAACACAAUCCAAGAAAAUCUUUAAAAACAUGUCUGUAGGUUCUGAUUAGCAUUAACAGGGAAAUUAAGUAAGGCUAAAUUGUGCUUUGUGUGAAUUUAAUUCCAAAUGAUUUUAAGACCAUAUUAGAAAGGUUCUUACAAAAGAUUGUAAUGGAUUAUUUUGAACAGGAAAUGUCUUCAGUUUUCCUGGGUAUUCUUUAUCUAUUAUAAUUAUGGAAAAUAUGUGGCAAUUAAAGUUAAAUAUAUAUAUAUAUAUACAGAGUCAUGUCAGGGGGAAAUUAAUCCUCUUUAUAACUGCCUAUAUAAAUGGCUGCAAUUAUUGGAAUAUAUUAUACCAUGCAUACAUUAUUUGAUUUGGUGUCUGAUUUUCAUAGUUAUUUUUGUUGUUUAUACCCUUGGUAAGUAUUUUGCAUCAACUAGAGGAAAUGUGUUCAUUUAACCCAUUCCCAGUCAGAGCUGGUAAUCCCAGUCUUAUGCAGAUGGGAAUGAAAGAAUUCAGGAAUCAAUGGGUUAGUUGGCUUAGGUGACAUAUAGAAACAUCUUCAGGGAAAGGCAGGAACUUAAGGAACAGAUGAUUCAAAAGAUGAUUUUAAAUCUUCUUAACGGGUGGUUCAGACUGUUUAAUACUCUAUGCUCUUAAUUGUGCUGCUUAGUUGGAACUCUAUUACAGUAUGACUUAACAUUGUCGAAGGGAAUAUUAAAGCAUUCCUCCUUGUUAAUAUAGUUCUAUGUAAAUAUGUUUCCAUUCCACUCCAGAUUCUAGUAUUUUAUUAUAUGAAUAUGCAGUCCAUGAUUGUGCAAUAUGUAUUCUUUAAAUUUACAACGAAUUUUAAAUUUUGUUUUAUUUUCUUGAAUUGUUAUGUACGUGUGGGAUCCUAUGUGGAAUGACUUUGUGUGUUUUUUUUCUUCUUCUAGUUCUUCUAGUUUCUAUUUCAUUGAUAAUUUCGAACACUGAUUUCUCCUCAUUGAUUUAACAAACUGGUGAUAUUAUGCUAAAGGUGUACUUAUUUCAAAUAAUCCAAUAUUGACCUUGUAUUACAUACAAAAUAUUGCUUAUAUAGUAAUGCAUACUCAAAUAAUAGAUAUUCAAGUGUUAUGUUUGCUGAAUUAAAGUUAAUAUAAUAUAUAGAAUUGAUUGUCUUCUGCAUUUAAAUGAGAAAAUCACAUAACUUAUGUAUUGUAAUUUGAUUAAGCCUGAUUACAAAUUGAUUACAAAUUGAUUGAAGGUAAAUUUGUGGUAUACAAAAACUAAUAUAUUGAAAUAUUAUGGAAAUACAUUACAGUGCAAUAUACUGUGAGAAGUGUAUACAUGUGUUAAACAAUUGGUGAACUGGUACUUAAAGGCUCAUGUGAUAAACAAUUAAAUAAUCUUUUGCCUCUUA